AUUGUCUCCAACUGAAGCUUCAUAAUUCCAAUUCAGCGCUAAGUAUGGCGAGAUCAUUGGACAGAGUGAUCCUCAAAGCUGCACUGUUUGUAGCGAUAAUAGGAUUAUCUUCGGAAACACAUUUAGACAGAAUCCAAAGAAGUGGCACCAGUACAUUAACAUUCCCUGAUGAUUUCAAAUCUUGCAAGGCCGACUCUUCUUCCAAUUCAUCUUGUCUGGUGGAUCUGAUUCAAGAUGCUCUCAUCAAACUUGGAACAAAAGGUAUUUCCUCACCAAUAAACUUCAAUAUCAAUCCCAUGAUCCUAGAUUUCUGGCAUUUCCAUGUUCAAGUGGACGCUGUAGAUACUCACGAAUAUUUCUGGGACCUCAAACAUCCAACACUUUGGAAUGCAACAGUACUCUCUGCCUCGUUCAACAAAUCUAGUCUCACCCUUAAUUUCACUACUUUCCAUGACCAUGUCUCCCAGUAUAAUGGUGGUUACAAGAUUUGGGGCCAACUAUUUUACGACCAGGAUAGUAAACCAGAAGUCAUUUACGGAAAUGGAACAGCAAAUAAGCAUUUCUAUAAUCUAACAUUGGAACACACGAUCACCUUCAUUCCAGCAGAUAUAAAAAACACCCAAUAUUUCUUCGUGGGCUCUUAUGAUCUUAUAAUCAAAGACUUCACUGACGCCACCUUCAACUUCCAGAAUUUGUACAAUGGUGAUCAGACCCUCGCCGGAAAAGCAGCAACUCUAGUGAACGAAAAUGCAGUGAAAAUCGUGUAUCAACAAGUGGAUCAUUUCACCGACUUGCUGGUCACCAUCUUCAAAGGGUACACUCAAACAUUAAUCAGCAGCGUUCCAUCAAGUCAAAUUCUAGCACAUUUGGGAGCAUAACAUGUGCAUUCUAGAGCGAUGUGAAAUAUAUCUAUGUGAUAUAUGUAGAAGUUGAGAAAUUUACGAAAACAUUAAAUUUUGUGGAGACGA